AUGGGGUCUGGAGAACCAAAUGUGGUGAUGGGGUCUGGAGAACCAAAUGUGGUGAUGGGAUCUGGAGAACCAAAUGUGGUGAUGGGGUCUGGAGAACCAAAUGUGGUGAUGGGGUCUGGAGAACCAAAUGUGGUGAUGGGGUCUGGAGAACCAAAUGUGGCGAUGGGGUCUGGAGAACCAAAUGUGGCGAUGGGGUCUGGAGAACCAAAUGUGGCGAUGGGGUCUGGAGAACCAAAUGUGGCGAUGGGGUCUGGAGAACCAGAUGUGGCGAUGGGGUCUGGAGAACCAGAUGUGGCGAUGGGGUCUGGAGAACCAGAUGUGGCGAUGGGGUCUGGGGAACCAGAUGUGGCGAUGGGGUCUGGGGAACCAGAUGUGGCGAUGGGGUCUGGGGAACCAGAUGUGGCGAUGGGGUCUGGGGAACCAGAUGUGGCGAUGGGGUCUGGGGAACCAGAUGUGCCGCCUCUCAACC